GAACAGGUCAACAUGGUGAUUGGUAUCCUGGUGUUCAACAAGCUGGUCUCCAGAGACGGGAUUCUGGAGAAGAAGCCGAAGCAUCGAGCUGGACCGAUGAACGAGCCCCAUACAGGGUUAACUCUGAAAUGUGCCAAAUGUGGUGUGGUGUCCACCACUGCUCUCUCUGCAACUACAGCCAGUAAUGCCAUGGCCUCUCUGUGGAGUUCCUGUGUGGUUCUGCCUCUGCUGGCUCUGACCUGGAUGUCUGCGGUGCUGGCCAUGACAGACAAGCGCUCCAUCCUAUUUCAGAUCCUCUUCUCUGUCUUCGACUCGUUGCAGGGCUUUGUCAUCGUCAUGGUGCACUGUAUCCUGAGGAAAGAGGUCCAAGAUGCUUUCAGAUGUCGUCUCAGAAACUGUCAGGACCCCAGAAACUGUCAGGACCCCCUCAACGCUGACAACACUGGAACUUUCCCCAACGGUCAUGCUCAGAUUAUGUAUGUUUCCAGCAACUGUGGUGGAUGCCUAACCAGGCCAGUGCAGUACGGCUCGGCAGGGAUCGCCUUGGCUCAGCUCAGUGUGAAAAGGACGGACUUUGAGAAAGACGUUGACAUCGCCUGUCGAUCAGCUCUCCACAAAGACAUGGGUUCUUGCCGCGCGGCGACCAUCACCGGCACCCUAUCCCGCAUCUCUCUGAAUGACGAGGAGGAUGAGAAGGGUCCCGAGGGGCUCAACUACUCCACCUUACCCGGCAACAUCAUCUCCAAGGUGAUGAUCCAGCAGCCCGGCAUGCACAUGGGCCCCAUGGGGGACAUGGGUGAGGGUUGCCUGGGCGACAGCGUGUCCGACAUGCGCCGCACCGUCUACCUGUGCACCGAUGAUGCUCUCCGUCAGUCCGACCAGGAUAUGGGCGGGCACGGGCAUGGCGGGAUGGGCAGUGGCCACGACAUGGGCAACAUGGGCGGUAUGGGUGGUAUGGGCGGACAUUCACCCCAAAGCCAGAUGAUGGAGACAGACUACAUCGUGAUGCCACGAGCUUCGGCGGCGGCAGCAGGAUCUGGGAACUGUAACACACUUCCCACUCUCCUGAAGGACGAUAGCUCCACCAAGAUGAACAUGGGCCUGGGCAUGGGAGAUACGCUGCCCCAUGAUAGGAUGAUGCAACACUACAAGAUGGCACCGGACUUCAACAUGAGCCCGACGGGGAUGGGCGGGAUUGGGGUCAUGGAGCACAUGAACAUGGGGGUGAACAUGGAUCAGAACCUACAGCAGCAGUAUGGGUCAGGAGGAGGACAGGAACAUAUGCAGCAGAACCUGCCCUUUGAACCCCGAACCGCUGUCAAGAACUUCCUGGCUGAGAUGGAAGAGACUGGAGGGCUGUCGAGGAGCGAGACGGGAUCCACCAUAUCAAUGAGCUCCUUAGAGAGAAGAAAAUCGCGCUACCAAGAUCUGGACUUUGAAAAAGUCAUGCACACCAGGAAAAGACACAUGGAGCUGUUCCAAGAACUGAAUCAGAAAUUUCAAACCCUGGAUCGAUUUCAAGACAUACCAAAUAUGGGCAGCAUGGACAAGGCCAUGGCCAACAAGAACCCCUGGGAGAGCUACAACCCAGCCUGCGAGUACCAGAACUACGCCAGUAUGAAUGCACUAGACCCUGACCCCAAGGACUCACUGGAGAUGACCGCAGCAGAGUGGGAGAAGUGUGUCAAUCUCCCCUUAGACGUACAGGAAGGAGACUUCCAGACAGAGGUCUGAUCUGAUCUAAACAAACCAGGAAAUGAGUCCAAAAUGGCACCCUUUUCCCAAUGAAGUGCACUACUUAUGACCAGGUCCUAUAGGCCUCUUUUUCACCAGUACCCAAAGGGCUCUUUUGAACAGGACUCAUAGGGCUCUGGUCAAAAGUAGUGCACUAUAUAGGGAAUAGGGUGACAUUUUGGAUGCACUCCAGGAAGGAGACUUCCAGGAAGUAAAAACCAGGAAGAGGAAAACCAGGAGAAAAAUGAUAACCAGGACAUGGAGGGAAGGGGAAAGGAUGUAUUUUGCACUGAAAAAAUGGACAGACUGUCCUAACAGCCUUGGCCUAGUACAUAUCUGGAUUGUAAAGGAGUAUGACAAGGACAUGAUGUGCCAAUACCUUUUAAGAGGAAAACACAGAGGACAGGAAGAAAAAAUACAACAAAAAAUACAACAAAAAUCAUCAGUGUUACUUUUUGUAUUCUCACUAGUGUACUUAGUGCAGCGGGCCAGCCAGGUGGGUGUACAAUAUUUACCAUCAUGUGUUUCAGAGUACCCAUGGUGAGAAGAAUUGGUUUCAAAAAGGUGAACAUCUUUCUAGAUGAAUAAACCUCAAAAGCUAAAUGAAGACAUAAUACAAUGUCAAUCCCAGCUUCGUUGGGUCCAGUUUUAUAUUUCACAAAACUGGACCCUGGAAGCACAAUGUAUAUAUUUAUGCAGGUUUUUAAAAAGUUUAUAACAAGUCUGUUUGGCCAUUACUAUACUUUUUACUUUAUAAUAUAAAAUAUAUAUGAGCGAGAGUGGCAGGCAAAGAGGAUUUUCUGUCAUAUAAAAAUGAAUGUUUGUCAAAGCUACAUUCUUCAUUGCUUUAAAUGCAAUAAAGGUAAUACUCACUUUUAUAUGAAUAAUAUAUUUCACAAACUUUAAUACUGCAGAAUCUUGCUUGAAGAAUCUCGGCUAAAACUCUCUCAUCUGCAGCCCUGUAUAAAAUAUUUAAAAAUGAAAAAUGUUGUAUGGUGUAAAUAAACUUUUGUCUACAUAUGUUUUACUUGUGCCAAUUUAUUUUAAUGAGAAAAGCGUUAUAGCGUUAUAAAAUGUUAACAUUUGAACAAGGAAUGUAAAUAAAAGAGGAAAUAUGUUCGUACUG